AUGAGAUUAUUUGGGAUAUGGGUGGGAUUGGGAUUUGGGAUUGGUAUGGGAUUUGGGAGGGGAUUUUGGCAAAAGGGAUGGGAUAUGGGAUGGGAUGGGAUAGGGGAUUCUCCCAUCCCAUUUAAUAUGGAUGGAAAUACUCUGGUUGGUGACCUCAAGAAGGUUAUAAAGGCGGAAAAACAGAAUGACUUUGCUGGUGUAGACGCAGACAGGCUCAAGCUAUGGAAGCCACCCAAGAAGCAUAUUCACGUCUUAGUCGAACCACCUGCCUCGACCGCCACUUCGAGCCGCGAACAGGAAUUACUUGACCGCAUCUCAGUGUUAGAAAAAUCGCUCAGCAAGUCUGUUUAUGGUAUGUAUUUUUAUCCUCCGGUUCUCCGGCCUGACCUGAGGAAUUUCAAGUGGACAGUGGAUAUCGAUGACGCGACUCUUGAUGGCCUCAAAGAAUACAUACGUGAAAUGAGGAAACCGCCGGCACUUGAAAAUGAUGGAGCACUUCUACUCAUUGAGACGCCAUCGAAGCCCUUCAACGAAUGGACCUUCCCGAAAGUGUGCGAACUCUACGGUCUUAGCGAUGAUCCGAAUCCUAGUACUGACGUGUUCCCUCUUUUUUCGUGUGGUUCUGCUAACCUGAGUAGUGACAAGUCCAAAGCCGUGGUUAAGCAUCUAAUAGCCGAAUUAAAACUGCGACAAGAUGUUACUCCUCUCGACAGGGCGUAUGAGGCGACGAAGACCAUUUAUUCUUACUGUUACUUAGCAAGCGCGGUUUCCUUUUACAAAGAUAAUUUCAAGCUCAUACCGGAGAAGCCUGUCGAGGGACGAAAUGGGCAAGGAAAUCUUGAUUAUGCAGUAGAAUGUCGUUCGACUGGCGGGAUCCUUGCCGAUGAAAUCAAUAAUGGGCAGGAUGUGGAUAGGGUGUUUGGGAUCGUUACCGAUGCGUCCGAAUGGUACUUUAUGGAAUGUUUGCUAGAUCACGAGGGGAAGCCAACGUUUAAGCUAUCGGAACAAGUGACCGUUGUGUACAAAGACGAGAAUUUGCAAGAUAAGGUGGAAAAGGUCCUCGGUCAUAUUGUUUGGUUGUUGGAGGAGGCGCAAAAGCCGAUGGAAAGUGGUGAGGGCCUCGAGAAAUAA